UAAAAAAGAAAAAGUGGGUAUGAAAUGGGAUGAGAGAGGAGGAACCACAGCUCAUGGCAUAUAUUCCCCCAACAUAACCCCACUUAUGUUUCCUGAUAUGGAGUGAGAUCAUACAACAACACAACCAACUCCAACUUAUAAAGAGAACUAUAGCUACCACAUAUUGAUGCAUAGCUAAAAGGAUCAUAACAACAUAUUUAUAUUUCAGUCCCUUAUUACCACUAAGUAGUAACUCAUCCAAAAAUAGCAUAUGGAUCAACAAAACAUGCAAAAUCAAAGCAUGCAUUUUGUGCUAUCCACCGAUGCCAAACCAAGGCUAAAAUGGACUCCUGAGCUUCACCAACGGUUCAUUGAAGCAACUAAUCAGCUUGGAGGUGCAGAUAAAGCAACCCCAAAGAGUCUUAUGAGGGUGAUGGGAAUUCCAGGGCUUACUUUGUACCACCUGAAGAGCCAUUUACAGAAAUAUAGACUUGGGAAAAGCCAGCAGCUAGAAACCUGCUCUGACAACAAACAAGAAGAUUACAGUGAAACCAAGAGCAGUGAUGAUCAUUGCAGCAGGGAAAUCAGUCUUGGGGCCCAGAAUCAAACCACAGAAAACUUGCAGAUAGCUCAGGCUCUCCAAAUGCAAAUGGAAGUACAAAGGAAACUUUAUGAACAAAUUGAGAAACAUUUGCAGCUAAGAAUUGAAGCUCAAGGGAAGUAUUUACAGUCAGUGCUAAAGAAGGCACAAGAAGCACUUGCAGGGUACAACUCUAGCCCAGUAGGUAUAGAACUCACAAAAGCUGAACUUUCUCAGCUAGUUACCAUCAUCAACAAUGCUUGCCCAAGUUCUCCAAUCUCAGAACUCACAGAAACAAGAAGGUUGAGUUUGAACCAAGGAGAGAGGAAAAGAGACAGAGGAACCAUGUGUUCCCUUGAAAGUUCUUUGACAUCUUCUGAAAGCUCAGGGAGAAAAGAAGAGAAACAACUAAUGGAAGACAAAAGUUCACUUGAAUUGCCACUGAUGAACAUUCAAAGUGAUGAUAAAGCAUCCAAUGGAGACUCAAGUGAUGAGGGUAGUGGAAGAAAGAGAAGUGCAGCCACCAAAUCUGAUGAUGGUAGCUGUGUUGUUGAGCAACCAUGUGGGAAAAGAUGUGGCAACAUGUUGAGGAAAGCCAUGUUGUCACAAAUGCUUGACUUGAACAGCCAGUGUCAGAGUGAUGUGGACUCAACAAGUUCUAAAACAUUAGACUUAAAUUGCAGUUUAAACUUUUGGGAACCAUGAAGAUGGUUUUUAUACUUUCUAGAAAUCAUCUGAACGUAUGCAGCAAAAUCAUUAUCAUAAAAGAAAUAUGUUUAUAUUUAUAUAGUAUGUAUAUGUCUAUUAUAAUCAAAAGAAAGAACAAUUGACUAAAGGGUAUAAUACACAUAUGAUCUCAUAUGGUGUGGCACAUCUCACUCUUCC